AUGGCCGAUAGUCGAAUAAAUCGACUUUCCCAGCUUUUGGAAUCUCGAAAUCGGGUGUUGAGGUCAGAAGCUGCUACACAAUUGGCCCAAUUUCCACUGACUAAUGUUGGUUUGGUGCAGAUUUUGAGGAAACAGCUUCAAUCUAACAGUUGGGAGACAAGGUCAGCAGCUGCAGAUGCUCUGGGACAACUUCUAGAACGAUUGAACAAGAGAUUGAACGUGGAACCAGUUGAUUAUUCAAAAUUUAGAGCAAGAGUUUUGAGCAAACUUCAUGUUCGAGAAGUUGUGAAGACUUACAACUUCUUAGUCAGGUAAGUAUUUAUGUUUUUCUUGCUGAUUUAGAUUUCAAAUUAUAGGCUUUGCCUUGUAUUUGUGCUAACUAACGUAUAAAUUCAAAACAAAGUGCUUUCAGUUGUGAUGAAACUUCAAUUCCAUUAAAAAAAGGAGUAAAAUUGUCGAAAAAAGAGCAAAGACAAUUGGUAGAUCAACAUCUUGAGCUAAAUUCACGAACUGGAGUGUCUUGUGGUCAAUUUCUAGCAGAUGAAGAUUUGGGAAAUGAAGCUUCAUUGGAUUCAAAUGGCUCACAAUCAGAAGAAAAGAAGAAUGAUUUAAAAACUGUUGAAUGCCAGUUAUCUAGUCCAUCUAAAAUAAAACAGGAGAUUAAACAAGAGGUGGAAGAGACAGAAAUAAAAGAUGAAGACAAGUUUAGCAUUGAUGAGGAAAAUGUGAGUUUGAUAUAGUUAUUUUAAAUUUUGAGUCUUUAGGUCUUUUACGAGUUGUUGACACAAAUCUUGACUGCAUUGGCAUCUCCCAAAUGGCAACAAAGACACGGAAAUGCGAUGGCUGUUAGUAAAGUGAUUCAAAAUGCUUUUAACUUACUGACGCCGGAAGCAACAGAAACUUUGGCAAUGAGGAUGAUAGUUGUGUUGGCAUUGGACAGGUUUAACGACUUUGUAACUGGGUCUAAUGCUGUAGCUCCAGUGAGAGAAGCUGUUGGUCAGGGCUUGAGUUUACUUAUGCUUAAAAUUGGCAUAGAUACUCCAUUGGUGACGGCUAUGAUCAAUCCUAUUCGGCAGUUAUUGUGCAUGAAAAGUGAAGAUGUACGUUUAGUUUAAGAUUUUUUGUAAGGAUUUUUUAUUUUUAGGGUUUAGUCGUGUAGUAUAACAUGACUUUUGGGAUUUAAAAUAAUAUAUUUUAUCCUUUUGACGAAUAAUUUUCAAGUCUCAUUGAUGAAAGUAUAAGCACGGUUUCAGGCAUGGCAAUGCCGGCAAGCAGCGCUUCUUGUACUAAAGUAUUACUUUACUAUGUGUAAUUCUGGAGAAAAGUUUUUCGAAUUGUUUGAUUAUGUAGUAAAGGCAAUGUAUGACAAGAUGGAUGAGGUUGUGUCAGUAUCUGUACAUACAUUAAGUUCACUUUUUAAUAACCAAAAGAUAGACCCAGUGAAAAAACGGCAACAUAUUGAUGUUGUCAUGAAAAGUGUGUGGUGGAUGUUAAUGGAGAACGACAAUGAUGCUAUGGUAAGUUUUAAUAUUAUUUUGAAAUAAGAUUUCGUUUAAACUAUUUGUUAAUGUUGAAUUUUAUACUAAUAUUAUUAGAUUUAACAACUUCUAAAUAAUGAUGACUUUAGCAAAUCAACGAUGGUGUCUCUUCUCUAUUGAUCGAUUUGAUAGGUAUUGUACAGAACUGGCUGGUUGUUGUAGAAGAUUCUCAGCUCACUCAUUCUCAAUUUGAUCAGAUUGUAAACUUAAUCGAUCCUAGUCAAGUUACUUCUACUUUAAGGACAAUGGAAUGCAUUUGUUUGUCUUUAGCAAAACCCAACGAUUUUAAUGGUAAAGUAAGUGUUUUCACGUUUUAAAUUAUGAUUAUUGGUAUGUUUUGUUAAGUUUAUUUUUGAUUUUUUUUGCCGAAAUGUGAGCAAAAAUAAAUGAAUUUCGCUUUGAAAGUCUGCUCUUUAUCGCCGUUUAGGGGAGAAGCGAAUUCACACUGAAAAAGAAGAAAGAAACGCUCGAGCAUUGGUGGUUCAGUGGUAGAAUGCUCGCCUGCCACGCGGGCGACCCGGGUUCGAUUCCCGGCCAAUGCAAAUGCUUUUUUGGAAAUCUGCUUUGAUUUUUUCAAUUCAAAACAGAUAAAAAAUCACUUUUUAAAGAGAAAAUAAUUUUUUUUCUAUUGUAAAAUUUAAGACAUAGUUUAACGUAUAUGUUUUAGCCGUUUAUUACUUAUAUUUUUUAUUUUCAGCAAAAAUUCAACCUAAUCAAAAUGCUCUACCGGUGCUUACUAUUUGUUCAACCUAGUGAUUCAAAACGUGUAAUCGACCUAAUCUUUGCCACUCUGAUGAAAUUGAUCUCGACGACAGAUGAAAACGAGCUUUCAGCUAUUCCUGAGCUUCAGAACUCAAUUGGCUACUGGAUUGGAUGCCUAACAUACGAUCUUAAAAACUCUGAAGUCGACGUCUUCUUACAUAAUGUGAAUGGAGCUUCGUCGUGCGUCCAGAAUUCGAAAGAAUUGUUGUGUGGAGACGAAUUGAGGUUUUUGGAUGAAAAACCAAAGCAUGAUGCAUUCAUGGAUCGAAAGUGUUACGCCGCCAGGUUUCUGUCACCGUUGAUUGACACCUUGUAUCGAUCGAACGUUCUGAUUCAAGAUCAGCCUCUUUAUUUGUCUUUACAGCUGCAUUUUAUACCGUAUUUGAGGAGUAAUUCGUUGUAUCAUCGAAUGGGUGUGGCUUUGACUCUAAAUUGCUGGUCGAGAAUGUUUAGAAGGGCUUUUAAUGCUCAAAAACAUCAGGUAAAUUUUUCAACAGUUCUAAUUAGAUCUUUAUCAUGCUAUGUGAUGAAUAUUACUAUGCAUAAGAUUAUUAAUUUCAGCAUUAUCCCACGAUAAUAGCCAAUGAAUUAGAACGUCUGCUGUCUGAAGCUUCUGUUCGACCACCUUACGAUGAACCAGCUGCGAUGAUAAAGUCCUUGACAGCCGAAUGUAAUGAAUUUCGUCGUCAUUGUUGCCAGAAAGGAGUGCCUUCUGAACUCUGUCCUGUGAUCGAAGCCCAUACCAACGUUGAUGAUGUCAUUACCGAGAUGUACAACGUGUGCAAACUAUACUUGACGAAACAACAAGACCUCGAUGCCCUAGAAGGACGUAGAAAGUAUCUAAAACAACUAACAGAAGCCACCCGACUUCAAAUAUUGACCAACAACAACAGACUCUACGCCCUCUGUGCCAGUACCUUAUUCUACUUUGGACAUUGUCUCGCUCAGAUGACUCCGAUGAUUAAACCUUUGGUUGACAGUCUGAGCACGGAGGACAACGAACUAAUGACGGAAGAGAUCUUCUACGACAGCUUCACGAUAUUAUUCAGCGUCACGAGGCAAAGGAAUCCAUGUCCACAUCCGAAAGUCCUAAAACAACUUAGCAAUGGCCUUAACGAUUGCUCUGAGUUCCUACCAAAACGAAAUGUUUACAGUAGCCAAGAGAUCAUAUCGGUCAACAAUCCACCUACAAUACCAAAGAAUAUCAAGGCCAAGAAUGCACAAGUCGUGCUGAGAAAGUAUGGUGAACAAGUAGGACUACUUACCACUGAGAUUUGUCCUUCAAUUACGGAUUAUCUAGACUUGAAGCAGGAUUUGAAUGAUGAAACUGGGAUUGAGGUAUGGUUUUACCUUGGAUUUUAUCCCCCUGUAUAAACUAGACCGAAUUCAAAUUUAAAAUCGAUUUCAGACCUACCUUUGCAAUGUGGAGUUUGUGCGAAUAUUAUCCAUGCCAAUGGGAUACAAACCAUCAGCCGAGGAGAUAAACACCCUGAAGAACGGCUUAUCACACACAGAUCCGGCCGUCCGCUUCCGUACAGCACGAUGCAUCGUGGAGCUGGCUGUUGCCGACCUGAGCUUCGUCUUGAAUAACUUUUUCAACGAUAUUCGAGAGUUUUCGAAUCAAAUCGACAAUGAUGCUAAACGAUGUGGUGCCGUCGAAUUCUUGUCAAUUUUGGUGAGCCGAUUGGAUCCAAAACUGCUCAUCACAGCAGCUUCGUUAUUGGCACCAUUGGCUUUGAAGAUGAUAACAGAUCAAGUUGAAGCGGUCAGAGAGUUGGCGUCAGUAUCGUUUGGAAAAUUGGUCGCUCUGAUUCAUUUGGAAGCGGUAAGUGUAGAUGUGAGAAGGGUGCUAAAAAUUGGAGUUUAAAAUUUAAAAAAUAUGGAUAUAAUAGUGCAAAAUGCGAAGAAAUAAGUAAAAAUCUUGUUUUAUUGGCGAAUAUUGAUGAAAAUAUGCUGAAAUUUUUGAAUUUACAGUUACAAAGGUAAAAUAUAAUUACUAAACAUCAAUUACAACAUUCUAUCCUAUCGCACAAAAAGAUUUUACCUAAAAAACCAAAAACGAACGACUUUUUGUCGCGGCGAAAGAUAAAAUAAACGCAAAAAGGAAGAGAAGCGAAUUUAGACUGAAAAAGAAGAGAGAAACACUCGAGCAUUGGUGGUUCAGUGGUAGAAUGCUCGCCUGCCACGCGGGCGACCCGGGUUCGAUUCCCGGCCAAUGCAAUUGCUUUUUGGAGUUUUUUGCUUUAUGGAACAUUACUAAAAUUGUGGCAGAAGUAAAUUUAGGUAUUUUUUAUUGUUUCAAUGUCUUGUAUUACAAAUUUUGUUUAAAAAAACUUUAAAUUAUCGCACUUUUUGAGAGUUUUAUGAAAAGUUUUUAGGACACUGAACCUUUGAUGGCACAGUUAACGCCUGAACUCCAAGUUGAAUUGGAAGAAUCUAAAGACUUUGUCAAUGUUCUUAGCCAGCCUUCAAAGUUACCUUUAUUAAAACAAGCUGAAGUACCCGGUUUGAAGCCGUCACUUCAGUUGAGAGCGUAUCAAUUGGAAGGUAUUACUUGGCUUCGGUAAGUUAUAGUUUUUUGUUGUUUUGUGUGUUUUUAUAGUUUUUAUGGUUUGUUGGUCUAAUAAAGAUCUAUUUGUUGGUCCAAAUAUUCUAAUUUUGUUUUUCCAGAUUUUUAUCAAGAUUUGGUCUAAACGGAAUCUUGGCUGAUGAUAUGGGUCUGGGCAAGACAAUCCAAACAUUGUCAGUACUUUCAAUGCAUCGAAAGAGCACUCCUCAGUAUCCGUCGUUGAUUAUUUGUCCAAGAACGUUGACAAAUCAUUGGUGUAACGAAUGGAAGAAUUACUUUCCAAACGAAAAGCCAAUGCAUCGUGUAGAUGUUGAUGUGAGAAGACUACCCAACUCGGAUGAGAUUGUUGUCGUGUCAUACGAGGAAUUGAGGACUAAUUCGAAGCGUUUUAAGUGAGUUUGGUUGUAGGUUUUGAUCAUUUUGCGCUGUUUUUGUGGUUAAUUUUACGGUUUUUGGGCAUUUUGAGGUAUAUUUUAUGUUGUUUUUGGUAAUUUCGUGGUUCUGUUUUAAGUUAUUUACAGCUUACAAUUGUGUAAAGCGUAUAUAAUAGGGAAUAAAAGUGUAAAAAAGUGGGGUUGUUGACAAAAAUUUCAAAAAAUAGCUUAUAAUAAUAUGUUUUAGUGCUUUCCCAUGGAAGUUUUUGGUGCUGGACGAAGGACAUUGUAUCAGAAACCCGAACACAGCCCUUUUUGAAGCCAUUAUGACCUUAAAAGCCAAACACAAGCUCUUGUUAUCAGGAACUCCGGUCCAAAACUCUCCGGCUGAUCUUUGGGCCUUGUUCAAGUUCUUAAUGCCUGGAUAUUUGUUCACGAGACAGCAGUUUCAACAACGAUUUUUGAAGCCGAUUUUGGCUUGUAGGAAUCCGAAAGCUUCAGAGGAACAGACUAAAGUAAGGUUUUAUGAUUUUUGAAGGAUCUAAUGGAAAAUGAGAGUAGUGCAGAGAAGCGGGGGAGGUUUUUGGAGGUAUAACCUUAGAGGGUGGGGGAGCCUUUUGGAUCUAUAACCUUGGUAUGACUAGCUAGUUCUUUAAAACUUCAAAAUAAAGUUUUACGAAUUACUUUUAGCAAGGUGAAGAAUCCCUACAACAACUUCACCGCCUUAUCCUUCCCUUCGUUCUACGCCGUCUGAAAACUGAUGUCUUGAAAGAACUACCGGACAAAGUGAUCCAAGAUUGGAUUUGUCAGCUCACAGAGACUCAGAAGAGAAUAUACCAAGCUGUGGUUGACCGUUGCUCUUUAGUUAAGAAGGAAAACGAAUCUGAAGCCGAACAAAAGCGACGCUUAUCACCUUUACACACUUUGAUUGCGUUGAGACAACUGGUCGAUCAUCCACUGAUGAUUAAUGAGGUUUUGAAGAAAAUUGAGUAUGAUACAAGGAGCUUCGAUCCGAAUAGUGGGCAGGGAAAGGUAAGAGAUGAAAGGAUGGGUAUGGUUGUAGUAUCAGUUCUCAAAAGUCUUGUUAAUUAAUUUUUUUUAAAUUCCAAAAGUCAUUGUUAUGGUGAUAUAUCACUGUGGUGUUCAUAAUUCACUGUAAAAAAAUGAUUUUUAGCACAAUAAAAAAAAUUUUUUUGUUGUUGUUUUAGGCAAUGGAAAUGAGUGGAAAAAUGAUGGCAUUGAAGGAAAUCCUACAAGAGUGUCAGAUUGGAGAAAGAGAAGAAAAUGGAAUUGAUGAUGGCUCAUCGGCUACGACGAGUGACGUUUUAGAAGGUAUGAACUGGCUUUGAGUAACUGUGUUUUACUUUGUCUAGGCUUACUUUGCUAAAUAUUUUAUCUUUGACUUUUGUUUUGCUAUACUAUACUGUACCUUACUCUACUCUACCCUGCCCUACCUUACCUUUUCUUACCAUAUCUUAUACUUCUUUACCCUAUUACUAUAAUCAACUUUACUUUACAUUUAUAUAGCCGUAUCUACCUUUUUCUACUUCAUAUUACUCUCAUACCUUACCCUAUUUUUUGCCAUACUGUAUCUCACCCAUUCUCGUAUGUAUAGCAUAAGUUGAUAAAAUGACGUUUCAGACCUACCUCUCCUCACUCAGCACCGUGCCCUCAUCUUCUGUCAAUGGAGAGCCUCAAUUGAUCUAGUAGCCACAUAUAUUCAAAAUGAAUCACUAGGCAAGAACAUCAAGUUUCUGCGUCUGGAUGGUACCAUAGCACCAAACGACAGACAAGCAGUGGUCGACAAGUUCAACAACGACCCAACCAUCGACCUUCUACUUGUCACAACUCACAUCGGAGGUGUGGGCCUGACCUUGACCGGAGCUGAUGUUGUCAUAUUUCUGGAUCACGAUUGGAAUCCGGUCAAGGAUCUACAGGCUGUGGAUCGUGCUCAUCGACUGGGACAGACCAAGACAGUACAAGUGUUCCGACUGAUCACUCAGGGAUCGAUUGAGGAGAAGAUCAUGCAGUAUCAGAAGUUCAAAACUGACACUGCUAAUGUAAGCUUGAAAUUUUUUAAAUUUGGAAAGACAGUUUUUGCAAUUUCUCAAUUUGUAAUGAAGGUUCUUGUCAUUUUAUGAUCUUUCGUAAAAUUUAUUUUAAAGUUGUAUAGCAAUAUAAUAUAAAAUGAUAUUGUUGUAGGCGCUAGUCGGAGCCGACAACCGCUCCAUAUCGUCGAUGGCUACUGACGAACUUCUGGAGCUUUUCAAUUUGUCCGAAACCGAAACAGCUGAACCGUCACCAAAGAAACGAAGAGUAUCGAAGGAAGCGGCGGCCAAUAACCCUGAGGAAUACUCGAUGGAAGAGCUCUGGGACUCUUCACAGUACGAGGAGUCGUACUCGAUUCACGAAUUCAUGAAAAACGCUAAAUAG